AUGUACAUAAAUCUGGAUCCCAAACGCAUAUUUAUUGCUGUUCUAUUAGCUUUCAACUGCGGUAGAAACAUGGGUUACGCAUCAGCAACAUGCGGGUUUCCCGGAGCUCCGGCGCAUUGCAAGGUUUCCUUCUCGGAAGAGGAACCGCGCGAAGGCACCGUAGUCACAUACAGCUGCGAGCCAGGGUUCGAACUGUUGGGGCCAGCCAGGAGGGUCUGCGGUCCCAACAGCCGGUGGACACCAGAUGGCAUACCGUUUUGUGAGAUAGCGUCGUGCGCAGUCCGGUCAGCCGGCCCCGGCGGAUCGGGCGGGCCGAUUACGGACCGCCCCAGUUACGGCAAUGACACCUGUGGCGGCUAA